UCGCCAGAACCCAUAUCUAUUAAAGUACUGGCGAUAAACGACAAAAUGUGAGGCGUAAAGCUAAAGCCAUGAGCCAAACAGCAAGACCUGAAAACUAAACGUUGUGCGUAAAUAGAAAGCAGGAUUUCUAACUGAAUUCCGCGGCUAUGGGCAGAGCCUUGGUCUUUUAUUAACUAACGCACUGAGCAAAUAAGACUCCGUUUUCCCAAUAUGCAAAGCGGUGUAAGAUGAGUUUGCUCAAGCAAUUUGCAGUUGCGACAAAUUCUUCUCGUCUUCAUGGAAUCCAAAAAAGAACGAGCAAGGUUCUGCGGAAAUAUUCUGGUACGAAAGACCAAAAGAAAGAGCUUUCUUGCCAAGUCACUGUUCGAAGGAGUUUUUGGGGUAUUGAACGAUAGCUCUCUGGAGUAUUACCGCAGUUCGGCACAGUGGACAAAAGGAGAAAAACCUGAUUUUUUUCUCGAGCUGCUCCACAUCCAAUCCGUCGAAGAAGUGGACGAUGAUGCAUUCAGCCAAGCGCUUUGUUUUCAGGUAACCUAUCACUGUCGCACCAAGAAGGACAACUCUAACACUCGGACCCUUUAUCUCUCCGCUUAUGACGUGGACGAGUUGGAGUCGUGGCUGUGUUCAUUACGAUCAGUUUGUCUGGACAAUCCAGUAAGCCUGACCCAGUACCACUCGGGUCGCUUUACCGGCAAGGGAUGGUCAUGUUGUAAAGCUACCUCGUUUCGAAGUUCCCCCGGAUGCAAACCAAGUACCAUAUAUGGAAUUCCAACCGUAAAGAAGCGUAAGUUAUCACCGGCAAUCACUUUUCAUGGCUUCGGAGUAGUUGCACUGGAGACUCAUUUCUCAGAUAUGCCAGGAAGCCUUCCUUUCAAUGCGGGUGAUCACCUGACGGUGUCUGGUGCUUCUGGUAGUGUGGAAUGGAAAGCUUUUUCAACUACAUCGACGAGUGGAUAUGGUUACAUUCCAAUACAUCUUGUGAAACUAAAGGAUCUCGAAGAGGAACCGUGGUUUUUUGGCGAAAUUCCAACGUCUGUUACAACGGCCAUUCUAAGAGAUCAGGUUCCCGGAUGUUUCAUCUUAAGAAGCAAUGGACUGGGGACUAAAACCAUCCUGUCGUUCAGAAUGGACAGAACAGUGAAGCACAUAGAGGUUCUUCUCGAUGAGGCAACCCAGAAAUAUCGUGUUAAAGACGAAUCUGACGCAGUGUGCUAUGCGAAUUUCCUGCAGUUUGAUAGUAUACAGCAACUAUUGGAUCAGUGCAAGCAACAUCCAACUCUUGGAAUAACCCUGGAAAAGUAUCCAACCAUUAAAAACGCUGACGAAAUCUGGAGGGUUGACUGGGCAGAUAUUGAAAAUGGAGGAGAAAAUGACUCAGAUCUUCCAUGGAAUGUCAGCUAUGGAAAAUUCCACAGCAAGGAUGCUUUGAUACAUGUUUUACCCGAGGGGAGCUCUGAUAUAUUGAAGGAGAAGUUUAGUAACCAGUCUAGGCUGAUGAUGACCCUUAAUCACGACAAUGUAGUAAGGCUGGAAGGAGUGGGUAUUAAAGGACCCCGUAGUUUUAUGGUUCAAGGAAAUUUGCCUAAUGGAGACCUUUCAGACUAUCUGACCAGAAAUUCUUCUCUGCUGCUAUCCUAUCCCACGGAGUUAGGGCACAUCAUGAAUCAAGUGAUCAACGGAAUGGUCUAUCUGCACGAAUGUAGUGUAGUACACGGCGAGUUGAUUCCCAAGAACUGUCUUGUAGGCGAUAAAGGAAUGAUAAAAAUAUCGGGCUUUCAUUGUGCGAGAUCUCCUUGGUGCAAGGGAGCACUCUCGGACGACGUUUACAAGAACAAGAUCCCGAUUCCAGCUCCUGAACUUUCUGAGUCUUCAGGAUCGUUUCCGUCAGAUGUCUGGGCCUACGGUUUAUUUAUUUAUGCAGUUACUACAGCGAUCCAGGAACCAAUAACAGAUCUAGAGCAGGUGUUAAAGCUCAAACGGAAGGACGACGUAUUGGACAACGUUUCGAGUUUCAUCGAAAAGAUAGCUAUGUGCCUGCAAGCGGAACCCAAGGCUCGCCCGACCUUUCAAAAUCUUCGUGACUCACUUUCAGAGAAGGCCGGAUCGUCGACUCCAAGUUGUUCAUCUCAUUCUUUGGAAGACCCACUGAACGUGCAGAAUUUUGCAGAUGAAAAUUCAAAAUUGGUCGUGAAGAAAAACAAAGAUACUAUGGUGGAAUCAUUUGUGGAUGGCAGUGCAGCAAUGGAUUGGGACGAUACUGACAUACCAAUAUCUUAUGAUCAGGAAAAAUUGAAACAACGCCUUAGAAGUGCCGAGUUGGAAGCGUUGAAAGCGAAAGCUCUCCAGAAAAGAGCUGAAGCUGCCAAAGACUCCAUCCUUGCUCAAGUCCAAGAGGCAGAAACAAAGUGUUUGAAAGAAGUGGAACUAAUGACGAAGACCUUUCUAGUACGAUUAAACGAGGCAAAUGAUCGUGCAGUCGAAGCCGAACAGGCACGCUACAUCGCGGAAGAGGUGAAACGCCUUACUGAAGAAAAGUACACACUUUACAAGUACGAAAGUGAAAAAAAUAUGCACGAGCUUAGAUCAAUGUUUGACGAUGCCCUGCUCGAGAGGGAUGAAUUAGUUUCAGCCUUGAAAUCCGUAAGCAAAGAUUUCGAUGCACCAGAGUUGAUUUCACCAAAAAGAAAAGACUCCAUCAACCAACUAGAAGAGAAGUAUCAGCGGUACAUUUCUACAAGUGAUAGAACAAUACAAAGCCUGAAAACACAGCUAAAUGGAGUGGUAAAACAGAGGGAUGAGUUAGCCAUCCAUCAUGAAACUGCUAGGAACGAAAUGAGAGAUACUCGAGAGGCGUUGGAUCAAGCAGAAAAAGAGAAAGAAGAAUUCCAAUUCAGAUUAGAAGAGGCACAAUUUGAAAUAGAGCGACUUGAAGAGAUGAUCUCGACUAUGACUCAAAAACGUCAGCAAGCGGAACGUGAGAGGGAUCAAUUGCAGAUGCUUACGGACAUGUCUCUGAUGAAACUCAGGCAGGCCGAAUCAGAGGCGCCAAGGAAGAGGGCUUCCCUGUGUUCCUUUCCACCAAAGAUGGAAGAUCGUCCCAAGGAUAAAAGAGAUCCUAGUCUAAGAAGACUUUCUGAACAAUUAUUGCACUUGAUCGAUCUUCCAUCCGGGGAAGCUGCCGGCGAAAGAAGUGAUAUUCAAGAAACGGAUAGAAACAUUAGAACGUCUGGUGUCGCGAUCGAGAACGUAUCUCCCCAUGGAAAACAGAAACUACGCAGGCUUGGAAAAAGCGCAAUGCCCUCGAUACCACAGAUUAAGAAAUUCGCACCACUGAAACCGAUACAACGUAAGCAAAACGACUGUCACCAGUAUGCGUCAGAUGGGCACAAUUCAACAUCAGCUGUAAAUAACGUUUGCAUCAAUGAAAACGAAAAUCCACAAAAAGACACUUGGCAGGAAGCUAUGAAUGUAUGUGAGGAGCCUGAAAAAAAGACGUUACCCGAAGACCAAACAACUUUUUCUGAUUGCGUUUCAACGAAACACUUUACGAUUCCGACUUUGCACAUAGAAGAGGCAGAUACCGACUCUGAUAUGGACCAUGUGAAGGAAGUGCCGCAGAUUGCAAUUUCAGAAUUUGAUAAUACUGACCUCGCAAUAAACGAAGUCGACGAUGACGAAGAAUGCAGUAGUUAUGAAACCGAGGGCCAAGAUUCUCCAAUGUUUAUCGUUGGAGACCACGAAGGUCAAACGCGAAUUGUGUACAGUGUCGAAGACCUUCCAAAGCUUUUAGAGGGUAUCCCUCAAACAAGUCUCUGAUGACAAAACUCAAAAAAGUUAUUCUAACGCACAGACAAAACCUUUGUCGCAUGGGCUUCAGGACUUCACGCCGUUACUGCAUAGAUUGUGGAUAGGUCAUGGGAAACAGGAGGGAAGUCUUCAAGUACAUCAUCAUUUGCCCUUUUCACUGAAUUAAGUAGGUUUAAAAAACAAAGUAAAGAAAUGGAUAAAAUCUUAUUUAAUCAACAAGGCAGAUGAAGACCCAUCUACAAAUCGGGAAGGCUACGUUAUCUUAAUCAUUUACUAAGUAGCUUCGUAAGCUUUUUUCUAUUACUGUUUUGUUAUUAAAUUGUUUCAGGAGAAAACUCACCGGGAACUUAUCCAUCUUUAAUUUGUCCUUCUUCCAAAAAUGUUUUUCAGGGAACAUUUUUUUUGUACAGUGUAUAUUCCAAUUUUGAAAUUCGAAUAUACAAUCUAACAAAUGAAAUUUUCGUGAUUUGCUUUUGGAAAUAGAGUUUUUUGAAACAAGAGACCAUAAAUGGAACCACAAUAUGUGAAGUAUCGCACAAUCUUUCAUAACAUUUUCCAGCCUCUCUUAUACAUUUAUUAUAUCAUAAUAUCUAAUUUCAACUACGACAUUAUUUGACUUUCGAAGAAAAUCUAAUGAAAAGAAUUAACCCCUCUUGGAGAGAGA